UGUUAGAACGCUUUUAUUUAGGCACUCCCCUUUUACACCGGCUUAUUUUUGGAAGAAAAUUAUAUCAGUCCGCAGGAAUAUUAUAUAUUAAUCGUUAGGAGGAUUUUGUAAAAAAGGAUGCACUCUUCUGCCAAAAAAUUGCAAAGGGUAUUAUCCUCGCGAGAAAUACGAAAAACAUUUGUUGAUUUUUUCAUUAAUAAUCAUGGUCAUAAAUUUGUGCGAUCCAGUCCUGUUGUGCCUUUCUGCGAUCCAACUGUAUCAUUUGUGAAUGCCGGAAUGAAUCAGUUCAAAUCAGUGUUUCUGGGCAAGACACAGCCACCACACAAAAGGGUUACAAAUUCCCAGAAAUGUGUACGAGUUGGUGGUAAACAUAAUGAUCUGUCAGUUGUUGGGGAGGAUGGAUAUCAUCACACCUUUUUUGAGAUGUUGGGGAAUUGGUCUUUUGGUGACUACUUCAAGCGUGAAGCUUGUGCAAUGGCUUUGGAAUUGUUACAAGGUCCCUAUAAAAUAGAUCCAUCAAGGCUAUAUGUUACAUAUUUUGCCGGCGAUAAAGUUUUAGGCUUACCGGCAGAUUUAGAAUGUGUUGAUAUAUGGCGAAGUCUGGGUUUUCCUAAUUCUCGAAUACUACCUUUCGGUAGCAAGGACAACUUUUGGGAAAUGGGUCUCACAGGUCCUUGUGGACCUUGUACCGAAAUUCACAUAGAUCAUAGACCUGAUUUAGCUAGUCCGGAAGAAAGGGCUAAAUUGGUAAAUGCUGGCCGUUCUGAUUUGACCGAGCUAUGGAAUUUGGUAUUUAUACAAUAUAAUAGAAAUGAAGAUGGUUCUAUUACGCAAUUACCCUCCCAUCAUGUCGACACUGGAAUGGGCUUUGAAAGACUCACAGCAAUUUUACAGAAUAAAUCGUCAAAUUACGAUACCGAUUUAUUCAUGCCAAUAUUUAAUACAAUACAAAAGAUAUCGAAAGCACCUCAGUACUCGGGUUCAUUUCCCACUAGCAGCAACAGUGCAACUUUAGAUACAGGCUAUAGAAUUCUAGCAGAUCAUGCCAGAAUGAUAGCAGUAUGUUUGGCAGAUGGAAUGCUGCCGGACCAGAACCAAAAAUUAAGACGUGUUCUGCGCAAAGCCAUAACCGUUUCGGAAAAUAUUUUUGUUCAUGAAAAUCUUUUGCACCAUUUAAUACCAAUUGUGGCAGAAACUUUGGGUUCCGCCUAUCCCGAAAUACAGAGUAAACAAAGCGAUAUAUUGGAGUUAAUAAAACACGAGCAAGAAGUUUUCAAAAGCUUAAGAGAGAACUCUACAAAGGCUUUCAGUGAAGUUCUAAGUGAAUAUCCGGAUUUAGAAGAUGUUGAUUUGAUGGAAUGCCCUGGUUUUGUGCCUGCAUAUCGUGAAUUCAAAUCUGUAAAACAUACAUUUAAGAAUAAUUCAAUUCCGGGCGAUUUUCUGUACAAACUCUCGGAUACAUAUGGUCUAACCGAAGAAAAUUUCAUAAAACUAGCCCAAUUGGAAGACAUGACAUAUGAUACGGUUGGCUAUAAAGAGGCAGUGGCAAAUGCCAAACAAAGAUCUAAGAAUUCAAUGAUGUUGAACGAUCAUUCGAGUAUCUACUACAAAAGUAUAGAAAAUUCGUUGACAGAAUUGACAAAAUCCUUGCCAGCUACAGAUAAUAAUCACAAAUAUUCGUAUACUUACAACCACGAGGAUAACAAAUAUAUUAUACCCGAAUUAAAAUCAAAAGUGUUGGGAAUUUUGUACAAUGAUGUCAGUGUUAAUGAAGUCGUGUGUAAUGGAGGAGUCUCUGAUACCAAUGACAUUGUUUCCAUUAUAACAGAUUCAAGUAACUUUUACUACGAAUCGGGUGGUCAGCAAUCUGAUCGGGGUCAUAUUGUUGUAAAGUCGAUAAAUAAUAACAAUUUAGAACUUAACGUUGUGAAUGUAGUUUGCAUAAAUGAUUGUGUCGUUCACAUGUGUGAACUGCCUAAAGAACGUUCUCAAUUUACAUUGGCGACCGGUGAUAGUGUGCUACUUCAAAUUGAUGAAAAUCAUCGGAAGCGAAAUAUUUGCCAUCACACAGCUACACAUUUAUUAAAUGGUGCCAUUAGAGCUCUAUUCAACAAAGUAACAUAUCAGCUAUCAAGUUCGGUAACCAGUGACUGCUGUAAGCUAGAAGUCGGUAUAAUAGGAAAACGCAUAACCAAGGAUGAUGUGGCGAAAAUUGAGGAGCUAAUAAGUCGUAUCAUUUCUUCGGCCUCCCCAGUGAAUAUUGAACUUUGCAAUGCUUCAGAUAUUUUACAACAAAAUGAUGUUACAAUGAUUCCUGGAGAGGUAUAUCCCGAGACUGGCCUUCGUUUGGUAACUAUUAAUUGUGAUAAUUUCGAUUUAAAAUCAAAAGAGCUGUGCUGUGGAACACAUGUUACAAACACCAAGGAAUUGGGUAAAUUUUCCGUGACAAACCUCAAGCAAACAAAUCGUGCCAGAUAUGCCUUUACAGCGGUCGCAGGGGAGGCGGCAGAUAAGGUCCACAAAGUGAGUGAAUUGCUGAAACAUCGUAUUGAUAUGUUGGAGAAAGAGUUCAAGACUGAUAAAAUGUCCAAUGCCACAGAAGUUGAGUUGCAAAAGAUCCGACAUAAUUUACUCCACACAGAUAUUCAAUUACCUUACGUGUUUAAAAUGGAUUUUCUGGAACGCAUAAACGACAUUCUGAAAUGUCUUAAGGAAUCUGCACGAACUAAUAUUAAAGACUUUUUGGAUGUUGAAAUGCGAAAUCUGCUUCAAGAGAAACCUGCUGCUAAACAUCCUUAUUUAGUACAUUACAUUUCAAGUUCAGUUUUAAUGGAAGAGGUACCACUGCAAAAAGCCACCAAACAUUGUACAGACCGUCCAAUUUUGGUCAUAGCCAAGGCCGAUGGCAUAGUCAAGGCCAGAUGUUGUGUACCUAAGGAAUUCCAAACGGAAGACUUUAAUGCCCAAAAAUGGUUGAAGGAAUUUGCUUCGAUUUUUAAAGCUCAGGUAUCCGCACCAAAAGGUCAAAAUCCCCAUGACGUUUGCAAUAUGAAAGGCAAGAAAACCUCAACACAAUUUGAAGAACAAUUAGAAAUGGCCAUGUUAAAAGCCAACAAAUAUGCCGAACAAUAUUGGCCAAAAUAGUUUGUGAAAUGUUAUUUAGUCUAUAGGAGUUUUAAUUUGUGAAAACAUUUUUUUAUGUUUUGUUAAAUAAUUUGAAGUUUCAUUAAUAUAUUUUCUCAUGAUACAAUGUAAAAUAGAACUUUAUUUAUUCAUUUUUAAUAAACUUAAUAACAAUAACUUAUCAGGUUUAUGGAAACUAAAGUUAAUGGAGUCGAGAAAAAUGAAUGUUUUUUUAUUACAUAAUUGGUGAACUACACGCUUAGCUUAAAAUUACAACACUACGUGUCCUAC